CUUUUAAGGAGAGUCAUUUGUAUUCACUACAAAAAACAGUGACUUGUGCGUGGUAUUUUUUACCAUCUCCAAGCUGUGACUCGUGACAUACUUAGUUUACCAUCUCUAGUUUACUUCAACGCGUUAGUGCAUUUUACCGAGAUGCUGAGAUAAAUAGAAAAUAAUUUCGGAAAAGCGAUUUUCGGUUGUUUACCACCAUGGCCACCUAUUCCAAUCAGCACUGGCUGCUCUCCCACAUCCGCAACUCCUUCAUCUCCACGGACGACUCGGGCAUGUGUGAAACAGUGAUGCUCAGCGAUGACAUGCCCAAGCACUAUUUGCGCAAAUACGGAAACUCGGGCGCUGGAGGGGAUCACGGCCACCGGAGGCGGGGGCACAAGCCUCCGCCAACGGGGGGCGGGACCACGCCCGAGCGCAACACCCGCCAUCCGGAUGCGCCGCUUCAGGAGGUGGACUUCAUCUGCUACCCAGGACUGGACCUCAGCGACGACGAGGAAGACAUGUCCACGCACUCCUUCGACAUCCAGAUGUAUCCGGAGGUGGGCGCUCAUCGCUUUCGCUCCAACACGGCCCAGAAACUGGAGAAGCUGGACAUCGCCAAGAGAAGGGCGGCGCGCAUUAAAAGUAUCAACUACCAGGAGGAAGUGCAGCCGCCCGACAGCGAGGAUUUCUUCAGGCGCAAGGAGGUGCCCCUUAGAAUGGCAGAGCCCGUGGAAAAACCACCCAAAUCCAACGAGGACGAGCUGUCGGACGAGGGUGUGCAGAGCCAACUCACCGAGCAGUUGGCCAAGAGUCCCAAGCAAACCCAGAAUCGCUUCAUUGAGUUCGCCCGCUUCGAUGGCACUUCCCAGGUGGGCAUGCAAACCAAGCGGAUCAACGUGUAUCUGAAUAUGCUUCCCGAACCGGAUCGCAACUAUCCGUUGAAGAUAUGCGUCCUAGCCACUGCCAAAAUCCAGGAGGUCAUUGGCUACGUCUGCUACAAGACCUCCCUACAGUAUCCCGAUGUUCCUUUGAAGUCCCUGCAGCAUUACGCCUUGUACAUGACGGAGGAUAAUGAUGACAUGGAGGACUUUCCGCCGUUGGACAACCGCGAACCCUGCUCCAAGUUUGGCUUCUCCCAUCUCACACUAGCCGAACGUCGGCCCUUGGCUCCGGUGACGCGUGUGGACUACCACGGUCAGCUGGGCACCAAAUCCAUGACUUCCGAGGAGGACAAAGCGGCUCUGGCUGAGGCAGCUGUCAAGGCUCUACAGAACGUCAAUCUGAAUGGCAGGACCAGUGAUCCAGGAGGAGGAGGAGGAGGAGAAGGAGAAGGAGGAGAUGAUAGUCCAAAUGACAAUGUCAGAGAGUACGAGAAACGCCUGCUGAACCACAAUGACAUGCUGGAGGCCCCCAUGCACCGCAUUUUCCGCCUGCACAUCAUAGACAAGCGGUUCUUUAAAUCCGACGUCACCCUCGGCAUCUCCGGCGAGAGAAUUGAGAUCGAUCACUACAAGAACGCCAAGUUCUGGCCACAGAAGAAACCCGUGUCCACGCCAAUCGAUUUGGUGGCCCACUGCGAGAUUGUGGAGCGACGCCAGCUAAAGGCUCUGCUGCGCAUCUGGCUAAAGUCCAACUCCUCGUCGCCCUCCUUCACCACCGGCUGCACUUCGGCGCCGAUCAAUGCCAGCGUGACCACGCUGAAUAUGGGGAGCGCCAGCGCGGGGAUUGCCCACUCGCCCAGCAGUCCGGGUCACUCGUCCGGCUUCUUUUCGAGCAGCAAUAUCCGCUUCAAGCACUACGACUUCGACACGGACACCCACACGGCGGACCAGAUCCACAGCAAGCUGAACUGCAUCCUGGAGAUGCGCUCCAGCGAGCUGAGGCGCGAGUUCCUGCUGCAGCGCGAGCGGAAGAUGGAGAAGCGGCAGCUGAAGUUGUAGUAUUUAUUCCUAUGGCGGCGGCUGCUGCUCGUGUGCCUAGCAGGCGGGCUACUGCCACUGCCGCUGCCUCGCCCCCGUCUACGUCGACGCCUCCGCCACCGCCUCCUGUUCGAUAAGUUGUAUUAGUUGCUAACUAAAGAUUGUGUUACACAUGUUUGCCUAGCCUGUAAGUAUUUAUUGAACUCACCUAACUACGAAUCCUGAUCCUGAAAAUAAAAAUGCAAAAAAACUUAAAAUUUGUAUCGGCAAAUGUAUCUGAAAAAGUUUAUUUAAGUUUAUCUUUAAAUGUAUCUUGUAAAGUCACUACACGUGUUUCUAAGCUUCCGCCUUGCCUCAGGCGUUUUUCGAGCGGUUUUCAUGCGAUUUGCACGCGUUUUCAGUCGUAUCUCUCGAUUUUAUUUCCGUUUCUCCCGCUCUACUCAUUGUAAUUGUCUGUAAUCAAUGUGCAAUUAAUCUCACAGACGCCUCAGACGGGAACGGGUCUAACGGUUGCCGUAUUACUGCAUAUUGUUUUUAGUUUUCAGUUUAUUUUUAGUCUAGCAAUGUCAGCGAUGAAUGGGUGCGGCUGGGUCGUCUGUUAACAGCUGUGCAGCUGUCGAGAAUAAUGCCUAACUGCCGUUAGAUGAUCGUCGCAUGCAUAUAUCUGUGUUAGCCGCCGACACAAACGAUUGUAGCCUGUUCUAAGGCCAAGGUUAGCGACUCGAAAUCACGCCAAAAACCGCGACAUUUGAGGUCAUUCGUCUGAUGCCGAUGCCGAUGCUGAUGAUGAUGAUGCCGCCUGGCGUGACCAAAUCGAGGCAACUCACGAUCUAUGGCCCAUGAAUCACUGGAGAUGCAAUUCCCCGAGGAAGUGUUGCUCAGAGCUUGUUCUCCGCUUUGAGACAUUUGUAACCCAAUUCUGUCUCUCGGGAAAGGAGGCAUAUAUGCACUUUGCGAUUUACAUUUCGAACUGCGGCGGCUUAAUUAAAAGCGUGCUGCACAAUGGCCAGCCAGUCGAAUAAAAAACUGUGCUGUAUGUAACGCCAUACCUGGAGGUCAGCCGUUCGGUCUCCAACCUGUUGCAUCCCCAUCCCCAUCUCCAUGUCCAUGUCGAUGUCCAUCUCCAGACGAGAAUUGCGGACCAGUCGCCGGCGGCGGCAAUGUCUUCCUGCCUCCAGCAGCGAUAAAUUGUGCUGGCAUCAGCCUCUGCCAAGGUCGCUUCCUUAAUGAAGUGCCGAAACUUGGGCUCGUUUCGUGGCAGGCACUUGACAUGGAACUGGUUUCGGGCACCGCUCUCAAGUGGAUGCCACCACCAGAUGCAGGUGGUGAUUGCAACUUACACAGAAGAAACUUCGCCGGAAGUUAUGUAUUAUUUGUCAUAAUUAAAUAUAUCCUAAUAAAAUAUGCUUGGUUAGUAAAUACUUUUUUUUAA